UUUUUUUUUUUACAUCCUCCCCAUCACUGAUCAUUUUCAUUUCAUAUCAAGUUUUAGCUUCAGGCACCAAUAUCAUGACCACUAGCAAGCUUCCUGUCUACUUUAUUUCUCAUGCAGGUCCAAACCAGGCAGUGGAUGAAUCUGUGACCGCAGAUUUCUUUGCGGAAUUGGGCAAGAAGUGGUUAUCAUUUUCAGAGCCAGCACCAAGUUCGAUUUUAGUGAUUUCGGGUCAUUGGGAAGGAGAAGAAGGUGUGAUUCGAGUGAGGACAUCAGAAGAGAAUCAAUUAUAUUAUGAUUUUUAUAAUUUCCCAGAGUUCAUGUAUAAGUUACAGUAUCCAUCCAAGGGCAGCCCUAAGCUUGCAAACAGAGUUUUGGAGAUCCUUGGCAAGGCAGGCAUUAAGGCAGAAGCAGAGACGGAGCGUGGAAUUGAUCAUGGUGUAUGGGUUCCACUACUAAGGAUUUUGCCCAAGCCCGAGAUUCCGAUUGUACAAAUGUCAUUAGCGUAUAUGCGUGGGCAACCAGCAGAGAAGGCGUUUGCAUUCCAUUAUAAGCUAGGUCAAGCUUUGACCCAAUUGCGAGAAGAAAAUGUAUUGAUCGUAGCAAGUGGCACAGCGGUUCAUAACCUUCGCGAUUUGGGAUUGUAUAUGCGAUCGGGUAAAGUAGCACCCUAUGUCGCGCCUUUCGAUGCCUUGUUGGACAAGGUUGCUUUAACCGAGCCAAAGGAAGCACGCGAGAAAGCAGCGGUGGAAGAGAUGGCCAAGUCACCCCAUCUGUAUUCUGCUCACCCAUCAUUGGAUCACUUGCUACCAUUCCAUGUAGCGCUAGGUGCGGCCGGUGAAGACAAAGGAAAAGUCCUACAUAAGAACUUUAUCCUCAGUUUAUCAGAGAGUGCCUAUUCUUUUGGCGAAAACUAGGCUAAAAAAAUUGCGCAGUGUUAAAUACAAACAAAGGUUCUUUAUUAGAAAAUGCAGUUGAUAUAUUUGUACUGAGUAUAUCAGCCUUUCACUAUCCUUGAAUACAAAUACUUUUUAAGAUCACAU